UUCCGCUGACAUUCCUUCAAGCAAUCACUCUCCUCCCCCAGUCCCCUACUUAAACCCUACAACCCCACUUUCGAUCCUCCAUGCUCUCGAUCUCAUCCUCACCCCUUCGACUCUGAUAUCUUGGCUCGUAGAUUGUUUGUCCGCUCUGCUGCUCGGGAAUCGCUGCAUCGGUCUCUGGGAUUGGAGGGGGUCAGAACACAAUGGGUCAUCAAGCAGCUUCUUCGACUGCUGCGACUUACUCUCUGCUUCUGCUAUGUGUUAUUCAUAACUGUUUUGCUAAUGAAUUGAAGGCAAACCAGACUGCACUGCUGUCAGUUGAUGCUUCACUGGAAUCGGCCCGUGAGAUUCCAGCCACUUUGUUCGGUAUUUUUUUUGAGGAGAUCAACCAUGCAGGAGCUGGUGGAUUGUGGGCAGAACUUGUAAGCAAUAGAGGUUUUGAAGCUGGAGGCACCAACACUCCUUCAAACAUCAAUCCAUGGUCCAUAAUUGGGAAUGAAUCUUUCAUAUAUGUGUCAACUGACAAGACAUCUUGCUUUGAACGUAAUAAGGUUGCACUUAGGAUGGAGGUACUAUGUGACAGCAGUGGAUCCAUUAUCUGUCCACCUGAUGGUGUUGGCAUAUAUAACCCUGGGUAUUGGGGCAUGAAUAUAGAACAAGGGAAGACCUAUAAAGUGAUACUGCACGUUAGAUCAUCUGAUUCAGUUAAUAUUUCUGUCUCACUGACAAGCUCAGAUGGAUCGCAAAAACUGGCUUCUACCAAUAUGCUAGCUAAUGCUUCAGAUGUUUCCAACUGGACUAAAAUGGAGUUUCUAUUGCAAUCUGAAGGAACUAACAGGAGCUCAAGAUUUCAGUUAACAACUACCAACAAAUGUGUUAUCUGGUUUGAUCAAGUGUCAGUGAUGCCCUUGGACACUUACAUGGGACAUGGUUUCCGUAAGGAACUUGCUUCCAUGCUUGAAGACCUGAGUCCUCGGUUUAUGAGAUUUCCUGGGGGUACUUUUGUUGAAGGCAUUUGGUUAAGAAAUGCAUUCCGAUGGAAAGCCACAAUUGGACCAUGGGAAGAGAGGCCUGGGCACUUUGGUGAUGUUUGGCAGUACUGGACUGAUGAUGGGCUUGGAUACUUUGAGCUUCUUCAGCUUGCGGAAGAUCUAGGUGUCUCACCAGUUUGGGUGAUUAACUGUGGAAUUAGUCGCAAUGACGAAGUUGAAACCGCUGACAUCUUACCUUUUGUUCAGGAAAUUCUUGAUAGUAUUGAGUUUGCUAGGGGAAGUUCUAACUCAACAUGGGGCUCUGCUCGAGCAGCAAUGGGACACCCAGAACCUUUUCAAUUGAAUUAUGUUGCAAUCGGGAAUGAAGAUUGUGGAUUGAAAUAUUAUCGAGGAAACUACCUCAAGUUUUACUAUGCAAUAAAAGCUGCCUAUCCAGACAUUAAGAUUAUUUCGAAUUGUGAUGGGUCAUCUACAAAAUUGGAUCAUCCUGCUGACUUAUAUGACUUUCAUAUUUAUACCUCUGCUAGCAAUAUGUUUUCAACAAAUAGAAAAUUUGACGACACAUCACGUACUGGCCCCAAGGCUUUCGUUAGUGAAUAUGCUGUGACUGGAUCAGAUGCUGGCAGAGGAAGCCUUUUAGCUGCUGUAGCGGAAGCUGGAUUCCUCAUUGGAUUGGAAAGAAAUAGUGAUGUCGUUGAAAUGGCAAGUUAUGCACCACUUUUUGUGAAUGCCAAUGAUCGCAGGUGGAACCCAGACGCUAUUGUUUUCAACUCAUGGCAGCAGUAUGGAACUCCUAGCUAUUGGAUGCAACACUUUUUCAAGGAAUCAAGUGGUGCAACCUAUCAUCCUACCACAAUUAAGGCCAAUGCCUCCAAUUCAUUGGUUGCUUCUGCAAUUACUUGGCAGAGUUUGGAAGACGAAAACAGUUACUUAAAAAUAAAGAUUGUCAACUUUGGGAAUGCUACCGUGAAUCUGAAUAUCUGUGUGACUGGAUUACAAAAUGCUGUCAACUCAGUUGGAUCAACAAAAACCAUACUUACAUCCACUAAUUUGAUGGAUGAAAAUUCCUUCACAGAACCAAAGAAGGUGGUGCCAGUACAGACUUCGUUAUCUAAUGCAGGAACACAGAUGGUUGUUGCAAUUUCUCCACAUUCUAUCACCUCAUUUGAUUUAUCACUUUCUCAGGCAUGCUCCAAAUCUGUAAUAUGAAAUGACAGUAAAGGGAAAAAAAAGGAGAUGAAGAGAAUGAAAGGAUUGAAAGAAAAAUAAGGGUUGGCUUUGUACUUGUGGACUACUUGCAGUGUAUAAGUCAGAGAGCCAAACAAUUAAUUUGGAUCUGUAAUUUCACCUAUAAUGAUUAAUAGCAUUAUGCAAGUCUGCAGUAUAUCUAUC